AUGGCGGGUCUCUCCAUUACAUCAGCCCUACUUUCCCCUAUCAACAAGCUCCGCGGGAAAUCAAAUCCAUACCAGAAAAAACACACCGCUCCCAAAACCCCGGCCCCAAACAGUGAAUUCCUAGCCGAAGCCCGUCAAGCAGCUAGCCAACCCACGAGCGCCGACCUCCUAGCUGAAGCGCGCGAAGCAGCCGGUCGCAACCCCGUGACCGGCCGCCCACAGCCCGUUGUCACAGGCAAGAAAGCGAAGAAACAGAAAUUGUCGUUGGAACAACAGCAACAGGCGGCUGAAGAACAGAAGGCCGCGUUCCUUGCUUGGGCGGCAAGACAUCCACAGGAGGGCGGGCGGCCGUAUGAGAGCUACGAGGCUUUUGUGCAGGAGAUGGUGGCGAAGCGGACGGGGAAUGUGGAGCAGCGGACUGGUGAGGGAUAUUAUGCGCCGGAGAGGAGUGUGGGGGAGUAUUAUUCUGGUGGGGUGAGGGAUUAG